AUGGCUUGGAAACAGACACCACUCCUGUUUUUGGUCUACAUGGUCACAACAUGCAGUGACUGGGACAGAACAGACCUGCUCAGCAUUUGCAUGGAUGCCAAGCACCAAAAACCAGGCCCCAAGGACAAGCUGCAUGACCAGUAUAGUCCAUGGAAGAGAAAUGCCUGCCACUCAGUCAACACCAGCCAGGAGCUAUACAAGAACCACUUCAGUCUGUACAAUUUCAAUUGGGGUCACUGUGGCAAGAUGACGCCUGCCUACAAGCGGUCACUUCAUCCAAGACACUUGCCUGUAUGCUCCCCCAACCUUGGGCCUUGGAUCCAGCAGGUGGAUCAGAACUGGCGUACAGACCGUUUCCUGGAUGUGCUCUUAUGCAAAGAGGACUGUCAGGAGUGGUGGGAAGCCUGUCGCACCUCCUUUACCUGCAAGAGAGACUGGCAUAAAGGCUGGGACUGGACCUCAGGCAUUAACAAGUGCCCAAACACAGCCCCCUGCCUCACAUUUCAGUACUACUUCCCAACACCAGCUAGCCUUUGUGAGGGUCUCUGGAGUCACUCUAAGGAUCGAGGCAGCGGCCAAUGCAUCCAGAUGUGGUUUGACUCAACCCAGGGCAAUCCCAAUGAGGAAGUGGUGAAGUUCUACGCUUCCUUUAUGACAUCUGGGACUGUAGUACUUCUUGUGCCCAGCCUGGCUCCAGUGCUGACAUUUUGGCUCCCUGGCUGA